AUGUCAGACUUGGAGCAACCUCCCGGACCGGAGAUGAGUCUGAACUGGAGCAAUGCACCUGUUUAUUGCAUUUGUCGCAAACCAGACAUCAACUGCUUUAUGAUUGCUUGUGACAACUGCAGUGAGUGGUUUCAUGGAGAAUGCAUUAAUAUAUCAGAGAAGAUGUCCAAAACCAUCCGUGACAGCGAAAUGUCAGACUUGGAGCAACCUCCCGGACCGGAGAUGAGUCUGAACUGGAGCAAUGCACCUGUUUAUUGCGUUUGUCGCAAACCAGACAUCAACUGCUUUAUGAUUGCUUGUGACAACUGCAGUGAGUGGUUUCAUGGAGAAUGCAUUAAUAUAUCAGAGAAGAUGUCCAAAACCAUCCGUGUUUGGUACUGUGAAAAGUGUCGCAGUAAAAAUGAAUCCCUAGAGAUCAAAUUCCGUCCCAAGAAAAGCAGAGAGAAAGAAGCGGAGCCAGAUGGGACCGAUAACCAGAACGACACACCGGAUUUCAAGUCAGAUGGACGGCGUGGGUCACAGAUUAAGCGCUCAGCUCGCAUGUGUGGAGAAUGUGAAGCCUGCAUGCGCACAGAGGACUGUGGACUAUGUGACUUCUGUAAAGACAUGAAGAAGUUCGGAGGCCCAAAUAAGAUCCGGCAGAAGUGUCGUCUGAGGCAGUGUCAAGUGCGUGCUAGGAAAAUGUUGCGAGUGAAGGAUGAGGAGUGCUCCAAGGGCAGAGACUAUCAAGAUGGCCCGCUGUCUGAAGACUACAGUGAGAAUGAGCUGGAGCUGUAUCAGCAGUACCGUGCCGGGAAGUAUGGAGACCACAGCACGGGUUGGAACAGUGAUGACGAUGAUGGUUCAUAUGCUGAUUCAGCUAUGAGAAAGAGAGCUGUUAAAGUCAAGCACGUGAAAAGAAGAGAAAAGCGAUCUGAAAAAAAGAAAGAGGAGAAUAAGUCUCGGAAGCACAAACCUAAACAGAAACACCGCGACCGGGUGAGACACAGCGAGCGGGCAGAGGUUUGGGACAGCGGAGGAGCCAGACAGUGCCUCGGACCCGGAUGUGUCGAAGCUGCACGUGCCAACUCUAAAUACUGCUCUGAUGACUGCGGCAUGAAACUCGCUGCCAAUCGAAUCUAUGAGAUCCUGCCCCAGCGUAUCCAGCAGUGGCAGCAGAGCCCGUGCAUUGCUGAAGAACAGGGCAAGAAACUUCUAGAUCGAAUCCGCCGUGAGCAACAGUCAGCUCGCACGCGACUCACUGAUAUGGAGAAACGGUUCCACGAGCUGGAGGGCAUCAUUGCUAAAGCCAAACAGCAGGUUGUGCAGCACGAUGAAGAGGUCCCUGCGGAUGAGGUCUGUGGGUGUCCAUUAGUUCGUGAUGUAUUUGAACCCACCGGAGAAUAUUGCAGGGUGUCCAAACGCAAGUGUAACAAACACUACUGCUGGGAGAAGCUCCGCAGGGCCGAAGUGGACCUGGAACGAGUCCGAGUGUGUGCAUUUUUUCAAGAUGCUACACGGCUCUUCUGUGAUGUUUACAAUCCACAAAGCAAAACCUACUGUAAGAGACUGCAGGUUCUCUGUCCAGAACACUCCAGAGACCCAAAGGUCCCUGCGGAUGAGGUCUGUGGGUGUCCAUUAGUUCGUGAUGUAUUUGAACCCACCGGAGAAUAUUGCAGGGUGUCCAAACGCAAGUGUAACAAACACUACUGCUGGGAGAAGCUCCGCAGGGCCGAAGUGGACCUGGAACGAGUCCGAGUGUGGUACAAGUUGGAUGAAUUGUUUGAGCAGGAGCGCAAUCUAAAAACAGCCAUGACGAAUCGUGCAGGUCUCAUGGCCCUCAUGCUGCACCAGACAAUCCAACACGACCCAGUUACCACAGACCUGAGAACUAACAAGGACAGAUAAGAGAAAAGGAACCAUUGCUGGUGAAGUCGCCUCACGUUUGUGAAGAGUCAGUGUCAUAGUAGUUGCUUGUUGAAACUGUAAUUCAUGUACAACACUCUUCAUGUUUCUGCUUUCUGCAUUCGUGUAGCCCUGGGCUUAACUCUUUUGAAUGGUGCUGUGACAACAUUGAAUUGUUGUGCUUACAUUUUUUAGAUUUUUAAAGAAUCACAUAACCAUGUAUUGUGCAU